AUGUCCUCUCGUUCAACUUGGAAACCAAGGAGUGGCGAAGAAUUGAGGUUUCUCUCUUUUUUUUUCAACCUUGGAAGUGACAUUCUUUCAGUUCCCAGCGUUGAAUGAGGACGAGAAUAUUGAGGAACAUUUGUUCGUUCAUGAUGGAAAGGCCUAUGCGCUUCUGUUCACGAACUUCGACGAUCUGAAGCUGCAGAAGCUCUUCCGAUGGAGUGGAGACGGUUUCGAGGAAGUUCCCUUAGAGGUUGGUUUCCAUCACAAUUCAUCAAGAAUAAAUUCAGUAAAGGCUAUGAAAAAGGGAAAGAUAGAAUGAAAAUUCAUUUCUUGAAGCGUUCCUAUGCAAAUUUGAAAAAAAAAAACUUUGAGAAUAGUAUUGAAACUGUCACGAAAAAAGACUCGAAGUAGGUGCUUUUUGCAACCGACUCAAACCGACUUGCGCUAAGAAGCUGCUAACAGCAUUAGAAACCCGACCGCGACGCUUCGAGUCAUUCUCAAUGCGGCCACACUGUUUCAAAUGAAAGUCUGACCAUCAGCUCAAAAACUGGCUGAUCAGGAAUACAAAAAUAUUGUAGUAUAGUACUUUUAAAUGACACUGAAGGGUAAUAUUUAUCAGUGGAGCACACUUUCUCCUUGUGGAAAGCUGAAGAUUUUUCAAAUGAUUCAGUGUUUCUUCAAAAAAAAAAGCUCGAACACAUAUUUUAACUUUUUUGUUUGAAGGCUCCGCCCGCUGAGUCGCAUCCCCAAGAGCGCCUGUGCUUCAUCGUCGCCGACGGCAGCACUUCUGAUGGCAAGCGGGUCAUCGUCAGCUCCCAGAACCACGUCUACACCUUCGACAUUCAGAAGGACGGCGCCAAGGCUGAAUUCGUCCAUACUGUUCCGGAGGAAGUCAAUCGCAUGGUUUGGCUUUUUUUUUGUUCUCAAAAAAUUCUUCCAUUAAAAAGUGAGAAUUCGCUAAUUUUCCACUUCUGGAGAGAGAUUUAUAACUCCAGAAAAAGGAUUUUUUUACUAGCAUAAAACUUUUUUUAGAAAAAGUGACGUCAUUUUCAAUUUGGUGACAUCAUAGUGAUGAAUAAGUGACGUCAAACAUUUUCUCGAUGAUGAAAUCCGUCAGAUAUUUCAUGACGUCAUCAUUUUGAAAUUAUCCGAUGACGUCAUAAUAAAUCAAUGACGCCUUGAAAUUUUCCUUGAUUGUGAAAAAAAAAACUUCCUUGUUUUUAUGACGUCAUUUUUUCCAAAACGAGUGACGUCAUGAAUCAAGGGGAAUAUUCAUCAUCAGGUAUUCAAAAACCUGAUGAUUUUUAAUUUUGUUAGGAAAGUUUCUGACGUCACCAGUAACUAUAAAAUUGAAUCAUGACGUCAUUAGAUUUUCAAGUGACGUCAGAACGAAAACUUUUUUUUUCUGAUUCUAAAAUUUUAAUGUCAUUUCAAAAUAGUUCGAGUCGAAAAUUGCUACGAAGAUCUCUAAACCUCUCAUUUAUCACACUAUUUCGCCAAUUGUGUUAGGGUUUCUUUGAAUAUUGUCUCAAGUCAGCGGUGAACGGACUAUUAACCUUUUUAGCUAGAAGUUUUCAAUUUUUUCCAGGUUUUAAAAAACAAUGGUAUUUCAGCGAGGAAAAGCCCUGUCGGCAGCGGUAAUCGAAGACAAAGUCGUCAUUUCUUACGGUGUCCACGGCUGCGGCUUCAUGUGGCAAAACGGAUUCCUCCUCAUCGUUGAUCUCAAAGAGAAGAGCUCGAAGAAUGUUGAGGUGAUCUUAGAUUUUUUCUUGUUUCUAUAAAGUUUAAGGUAGGAAAUAAUUCAAUUUCCCAUUAUUUAAGCCUUGGAAAUUAGUGAAAACAUUGUGACCUGUGAAUUUUUCUACAGUAGGACUUGAAGUGGAAAAAUUUGGAAGUGAGUGAAUUCCAAGUAGGUUUCAUUUCAUAGAAAACGCCUCAAAAUGAGAUUUUCCUCGAAUAUUUUUGGAAAAUUCAGGUUGAACUGGACUGCGACAGUCCGAACUUUUGCGCCAUCGGAGCCAAGGCUCACGCUCUUCUUUCGAACGGCGAUUGGAUACACGCCGUGGGAAGUAUCCGUCAAGGUGAUUCUUGUCGUAUUUUAUUCAUUAUUUUCUAUUGUCAAAGCGCACUUGGCUUUUAUUUUGACAAAUUUGGAAGUGUCGGAAAAUAUCUAAAAAUUGAAAGUACUACAAAAAAACAUUUGGAAGGAUCCCGUUUUGUGGCCUUCAAUUUUUGCUCAAAGAAUCAAAAAAGGUUGAAAAAGGUAGAAAUUGAGGAAAAAUUAGUAUAGGGUAAAAAAAAAGGACGUGAAAAUGCGACCUGAACGAACCUUUUUCACUUUUUUGAAACAGUUUGCGAAAACCUUGGAGUUCAAAUGUGCCUAUAUAUGAAGAAAGAGAGGUGCGUCAAAACUAUUGAAACAUUACAAAAAUCCAAUCUAAGCUUCUUUUUUUGCUUUUCCAAUGAUUUUCGAACCUCAGAAGCAAUAAAAUGGCUGUUUUUUCUUUCUAGCUUUUUAUUCUGAAGUACAUCGAAACUCUUUACUAGCCAUGCGCGUUUAGAUGAAACAAAAUUCAACCUUUUUUAUAAUCAUAAAUAAUUCCAGGAAUGACUGGAAGCCUCUAUGAUGGCAAGACCUUCGCCUUGGUCGACGCUUUGACGAAGCCGAGAUGGGCGAAACUGGGAGUAGAGGUACCGGAAGACGAGAAAAGCCAAGUCGUCAUCGACCCAGCCACCAAUACGGUCUAUGUCGCUUCAACUAAUGCCGUCUCAAAAGCGUCCUUGAUUUAACCGUGGUUUUGAUGACUAUAUGUGUAUUUGUUGUGUUUGGGAAUAAAUAUUGGGUUUUUUUUUAGCUUUUUCGGCUCAGAAAAAAAUAUUGUUGGAAGAAAAACCUUCCUGAAGCAUAGGGAAGAGCAUCAAAAUUAUUAAUUUGAUGAUUAUUUUUUUCAUGAAUUAAUCUGACUGAUUUUUUUCGAAUUUUGUUACAAAAUGAAUGAAUAUUAAAGUUAUUUUAAUCUAGAAAUUUAUAAAAAAAUUUUUUUCAAGAAUUUUUUUCCAACUUGAUAAAAAAAGGCAUUUGUCGACCUCCAUCUCCAGGAAGAUUUUUUUUAAAGCUUUUUUUUCAAAAAUUUUUUUCACUAGAAUCAGAAUCUAAUGUCUCCAUUGGACUCUGCGUCAUCAUUGAAAUGUCGUUUUUCUAAUUGAUCCAAUUGAAAUAAAUUAGUGAGCACGAAGUUUUCAGUGCACCCGUUUUCUUUACUUUGGACUUUGAAUAUCUUAAAACUAUCAUCGAGUGUUUAUAAUAACAAAAAAGGCGAUCAAAAAGAAAAUAUCCUCGAGAGGAAUCGAACUCGCCACCCUCUGAACGAUAGACAAGUUCACAGUCGCUAAGCCCAGAUUGCUUUGGCAAACUUGACCAUUUUUUCAAAGUCUGACUAGGGAACUACUCGGACUCGGGUACGCGUUUCGAGUUGAAACUUUGGUGGCUUAUAGACCCGGGUAAGAGUACUUGGAAACAAGAGAGAUUAUCUGCUAAACCCCAUAGGCUUCUGAGAAAAAGCUUUUUGAAAAUGAACAGUUUAGGCUUGAAAAUUAUAAAAUUUUUGCUUUCUCCUUCUUUUUCAAUUUCAUUUCAUUUUCAAUUUGUUUAUUUUUCGCAACAUCGGGAUGGUAUAGUGAUGUUGCAGGGAGGGAAAAAGACCACUAGGUGGAUUAACUAACCCCACCUGUGAAGAAAAAAAAAAGUUCUUUUUGUGUAAGAAAAGAAACAUAGAACCAUAAUAAGUAGAUAUUUAAAACCAAGUUGAUUAUGGCAAAAAUCUGUGCACACUUGAAAGAAUAUGCUCGACGCCAACAUCUUCUGCAUACACUAAAAACAUGUCCUUAAAUUUUUUCUUGUCUUCCUCUGCCAAUAAUUCAUGUUCAAUGUCAUUCCAAACAUUAGUAAUGCGAUGUGAUAAGAAAUUGAAGAAAACCAGAGAAGGUUUCGUUUUUAUUAAUUUAAAACCAUUUCCUCUGAGCUGACUGGGACGGUCAAAGAUGUUAUGUACCUGGAUGGGAAAGUCUGACCAGCACUUUUUAUGCAAAAACUGAUGUGAUAACACCAGAUCCUUAACUAAACGCCUAAACCAAAGAGGUUGAAGACCUAAACGUUUUAACCGUUCAUUAUAUUCCAUUCUUGGGAAAAGGCGCUUGGUGAAACGCCUCUGGACCGAUUCUAAUCGAUCAAUAUCUGAUUUUGGCUGGAAAAAAGUUUUUUUUUAAAUUUAUCAUCGCCGGAUCAUUCAAGGCGAUUGUAUUAAAAUACAAAAUAAGGUAAAAAGCAGUGUUCUGAAAAUUUUCAGGUCUAAUUUUCACAUUUUCUACUAAUUUUUUCUCAGUUCUCUAUUGCGUUUAGCAGAUAUUCUAACUUGUUUUCAAGUAUUCUGACUUGGGUCUAUAAUCCACUAAAGUUUGAACUCGAAACCCGUACCCGAGCCCGAGUAGUUCCCUAGUGAGACCAUUCGACGCUUCGUCAUUGAAUUUUUGAUCUAAUAUUGGGCCAUAAGCCAUACGCUCCCGACCAGAAACUACUUUCGCCCGAUUGCCUUCUUUAGCAAAUAGACAAAGUCGCUCAAGGUCGGGUGCAGCCAAAGUUGGAAAAUCACGACAUCCUGUGCUAUCCUAUGUGAUUUGAAAACUCAAUUUAAAUUUUUUUCUUUUUCAAAUUUUAUGGUGAUUGUUGAACCCUUCGUCAUAACUGAUUUGUUAUUCUCCUAAAUUUGGGAGCACAGAGUUAUUUUCGCACCCGUUUUCUCUACUUUGGCCUAUUAAUAAAAAAGGCUUGUUCAAAAUCUGAAGUCCACGCGGCUUUUCUCCUGAGAUUAUCAAUCCAAGAACCUCGAACACUUUCCCACACUCCACGUGCUGCUUGGAAUUAUCUCACGACCCCGGAAAGAUAAAGAACUGAAAAAACCACUGCAGAGGAAAACGCCUCAUAAUUUCGCCUCACGACUAUUAUCUAGUUACUCCGAGUCAUUAUGGAGAACUCUUUGGAAAGCAAAGAUUCGAUAAAAAUCCUUAAAAAUAUUGUCAUUGGUAUUGCGACUGUGGGCUUUAUUUGGAGCACUAUUCUGCUUUUCGUCGCUCUUUGGUUUGUUUUUUUAGUUUUACUUUGUUUUUUUUGUUCGUUUAUCGUCGUCUUUUUAAAUUCAUUCAACGAUAUAUCAUUAGGAUUAGCCAAAAAGUCCAUAAAUUUAAAAAAAGGUGAAAAAAACGGGUAAAGGAUGAUUUUUAGAUACCCGUCUUUCAAUGACUUUUAUGGAAAAUUUCUCUUAUUUUUUUUUGUUUGCGAAAUUUCGAACCCAUAAAUUGUAUAUUCGGGUUGAGAAUAAGCUUGUAAAUUAAAAAAAUUCAACUAAAAGCGAGAAUCGAAACUCUCAAGCUAUAAAAAAAUCGCUUUCUUCAGUAUCUCAAUUCAACUUAACCCAGAAAUAUAAUUAAAAUUACUAAUUUUCAGCGUGAAAACGGCCACUUUCCGCAGUUACAAGCACAUAAUUAUUCUACAUGCGGUCAUUGGACAAGGCUACAGUACCGUCGUUGGUCUGAUAGUGCCGGUAAUUUUUGUUACCUCACAAAAAUGGCUCAACGUGUUGCGGUUAUCUUUGCACCCGAACAGAAAAUACUUGCGCGUGGCGGCGUCUCAUAGCGCUCAAGAGGGUCGCGCAGCUUGAGAAUAAAAAUAUGGAAUAAUAAAGGCCUCGAGACUAUGAGCCAUUCCACGCACCUUCAACACUUGAUAUGAACGACUCAACCCGCUGGAAUUACCUUUGCACCCGAGCAGAAACUCCUUGCGCGUGGCGGCAUCUUUCAGCUCUCAGGAAAGUCGGCUGCAAACUUAAGGAAGCUACAAAGUUGAAAAACAACGGCCGCAACGCGUUGAGCCAUCCCAUGCACUUUCAAAAAUCGAUAAAAUUUCAUGAAAAUUGUUUUUCAGUACUGCCGAGUGAGCAAAGGCGAGAUGAUCAUGUUCUCGGUCGGACCCUUUGAUUUUGUCGCGAAAUCUUCAUUUUUCACCAUUCUCAACGCUUGUCUCCAUUCAUCAGCUAUGAUGCUCGUCUGCUAUUCUUUCGUGGUUCAAUAUUUCUACAUUUGCAGGUUUUUUUCUUUUCUUUUCAUGGCAAUUCUAACGGUUCAACUCAACAUAAAUUUAGGAAUCUUGAAUUUUUCAUUUUGAGAAAAAUGGAUUCAAAGCUUUUGUAAGAAAAAAAAACCUGACUCUUGAAAAAAAAAUUCAACGUGAGAAUUGAACCUAAUGUGUCAUAAUCCUUCUGAGCUUUCUACUUAUUUUUUUCUUCAUUCCACCGAAAUUUAAAGUUUUUUUCCGAAUAUCUCAACAAAUUCUCAAUUAAAAAAAGCUAUCAGAAUGGUUUUUCAAAAAUCUGCCAUGAAUUUUUUCUCACUCAUAAUUGAGAUAUUGGACAGAUUUUUCAUUCAAAAACGCUUUUUUUUUUAAAUGUUUUACUCUGCAGCAAAAUUGUUUUCUUCUGUUAAUAUUUUUCUUCCAGACCCAACGUCCUGAUGGCCAAAGCCAAAACCUUCUACACCUCCUCAAUUAUCGCUAGUUUCUACAUUUUGUUGAAUUGGAACGUGAUUAUUUAUCUUUGUUUCUGUCCUCAAGAGAAUAUUGACAAGGGACUCGCAGAAACUUUGAACCCGAAUCAAGAAUUUCUGAGGGAGCGGGCGAUUUUGGCGAUCUCGAAUCAGGUGAUUAGUGGACAUUUCGGUUUUAGAUGUGGAAAUUAACUAGUAAACCAACGCAAAACUUGGUCAAAAUACAACAGUUUGAGGCUAUCUUCGAAAAAGAUCCGAAAAAAACGCAACGCGACCGCGACGCGUUGAGCCAUUCUUAAUGCGACCAAAUCUUUCAUUCUCUUCAAAAUUCUUCUUGAAAUCGCAUAAGCAUUGAAAGACCAAGAAUAACACUGAAAACGCUUAUUCGUCAUGAGACCUUUAUGAAUAUUAUCUGUGGAUUUUGAAGUAGCCGACAAACUGUUUUUUUUCGUGUCUAUGACCUAAAUUAGCGAGAUCUCUUAUCUCCAACAAAACUCCAUUUUCCAGUACUUCACCCCGUUAUCCUCCUUCCUGAUCGUGGAAAUGUUCGUAAUACUAUUCCUAGUGGGCGCAGUGACAGCCGCAGCAGCCAACCGAAUUCUUCUGAAGAUCAGAUCCGAUAUGAUAACCGGAACCCGACAAAAACACUACGCGAACAUAUUCCGGAUGCUUCUGAUCCAAUGUAUUGCCCCGGCUCUUUUCUGCGUUUUUCCGACUUUCUGCGACCUCGCCGCGGCUCUACUAGGCCUAGAUAUCGGAUCAGUUCUGCCUAUCAUUAUAUCAAUCACCCUACCGACUUUCCCAAUAUUCAACGUUUCCAUUCUGAUAUUCCAAAUCAAAGAUUAUCGCGGAUUUGUUUUCGGUUGUUUCAAGCAAGUGGAAAAGGUUCGAAUUUCAACUUCAAAGCUUCAAAAUAAUCAUUUUCUUCAGAAAACCAGCACCGUGAGGACCAAUUCAUUGCCAAGAUUGUCGCUUUUUUGA